AUGUGUAAACACCGUAGGAGUUCUCAUAGCCGACAGUAAGCGACUAGAGACAAGAGCUGACACUCAGAAUGUACCAGUCCAAAGUACCCAGCCCGGCUCUCCAGGCCAACUGCCCCCUGACCACAGGAGCUGGCGUUCCAACCGGCGACAAGCUCAAUGUCCUGACUGUGGGCCCCCGGGGGCCGCUUCUGAUGCAGGAUGUGGUCUUUACGGACGAGAUGGCGCAUUUCGACAGGGAGAGGAUCCCAGAAAGAGUUGUCCACGCUAAAGGAGCAGGAGCCUUUGGCUACUUUGAGGUCACUCACGAUAUCACCAGAUUCACAAAGGCGAAAGUGUUCGAGAAAAUUGGGAAGAGAACUGACAUCGCCGUUAGGUUCUCCACCGUAGCUGGAGAAGCUGGAUCGGCCGACACCGUCCGUGACCCACGAGGAUUUGCGGUGAAAUUUUACACAGACGAAGGAAUCUGGGAUUUAACCGGCAACAACACGCCCAUCUUUUUCAUCAAAGACGCGAUUCUGUUUCCAUCCUUUAUUCACAGCCAGAAGAGGAACCCCCAGACUCACCUGAAGGACCCGGACAUGGUGUGGGAUUUCUGGAGCCUGCGGCCAGAGUCUCUGCACCAGGUAACCUUCCUGUUUACUGACCGUGGCAUCCCCGACGGACACAGGCACAUGAACGGCUACGGGUCUCACACCUUCAAACUGGUGAACGCCGAAGGGAAGGCGGUGUACUGCAAAUUCCAUUACAAGACCGAUCAGGGCAUCAAGAACUUAACGGUAGAAGAAGCUGAUCGCCUGGUGGUGAGCGAUCCCGACUACGGCAUCCGAGACCUCUUCUGCGCCAUCGCUAACAAGAACUUCCCGUCUUGGACCUUUUACAUUCAAGUCAUGACCUUUGAACAAGCCGAGAAGAGCCCCUUCAAUCCUUUCGACCUCACCAAGGUCUGGCCUCACGGAGAAUACCCGCUGAUUCCCGUGGGGAAGAUGGUGUUGAACAGGAACCCAGAGAACUACUUUGCCGAAGUGGAGCAGCUGGCGUUCGACCCGAGUAACAUGCCCCCCGGCAUAGAACCCAGUCCGGAUAAAAUGCUGCAGGGUCGCCUCUUCUCAUAUCCAGACACACACAGACACCGCCUGGGUCCCAACUAUCUACAAAUCCCCGUCAAUUCCCCGCGGGGCACCAGGGUGGCCAAUUACCAGCAGGAUGGCCCCAUGUGCAUGUUUCAUAUGCCCAGCAACAUGCCGAAUUAUUAUCCAAACAGCUUCAUGUGUCCCCGAGAUCAACCCAAGCACAAGGAAACCUGCUUCCCUGCCUCGGGAGACGUUGACAGACACAACACGGACGAUGAAGACAACGUCUCGCAGGUGAGAGCAUUCUACACCAAAACCCUGUCCGAGUGCGAGAGGCAGAGACUGUGUGAGAACAUCGCCAAGCACCUAAAAGACGCUCAGAUCUUCAUCCAGCAGAGAGCUGUGAAAAACUUCAGUGACGUUCACCAGGAUUACGGCGCGAGGAUCCAGACUCUGCUGGAUAAAUAUAAUGCUGCAGAAGGAGAUAAGAAACCGCUGCAUUGUUAUGUUAGACAAGACGAAAAGAACGCGCUGUAGGGUGUUGGACCUGCGCAGCUAUGGGGGAUCUCGAUGUCUGGUGGAUCCCAUCGUCCUUUAUCUGCAUUUCCUGCGAUUUUAGUCCUGCGACUGCUUUUUUUUUUUGCCUGUUUUGGGCAAACUGUUUUUGGAAACAAGCGCUUAAUCCAAGCCAACCGUCCUGUAAACUGCAUUCAUUGGUGUUGCUGAAGAAUCCCGUUCACAGGGGUCCCACGUUUGGAGAAUGGGUUUCAGGGAGAGUUUGCGGGGGUCUGGCGGCAGAGCCCCCAAAAGCCAGAAAGAUUUCAUAAAGUGAAUGCUGUCAGAAAUCGCACAACUGUGUCACAAUUCUAUACGUGUAGCGUUCAUAACACAAAUACUAUGUAUGUUACAAUGUGGUCAUGUGUAUGUUUUGUUUUGCCUGAUUACGUGUAUUUUGGGAACAAAAAAUGUUCAUUUUCAGAAGAAUAUUCCCUUGGUUUAUAUUUGUUAGAAAUACAUGCAGUAUUUUUUUAGCUUACGUCAGGCUUAUGCAUUGGGAUUCGUACAAAUUUUAUAUUUUGCCGGCUGCGUAUCUUUUAUAAAGCUUUCAUUUUAAUAUUCUCAUAGAAUACAUAAUAUUCCUAAAUACCCAGAUAUUACACGUUAUAUUAUUUUUACACUUUGAAUUAUAUGAGUCUUGACUGCUUAUACCCAUAUGUACUGCGCUCCUCGAUUUGUCAUAACUAUUCGCACCUUGUGGCCCUAAAACCAAGAGCCGUCCCUGGGUAUACUUCUAUUCAGAUACACUACUGUUCAAAAGUUUGGGGUCAUUUAGAAAUGUCCUUGUUUUUGAAAGUAAAGCACAUUUUGUCUAUUAAAAUAACAUGAAAUGGAUCAGAAAUCCAGCGCAGACGGGGUUAAUGUUGUAAAUGAUUAUUGUAGCUGGAAACGGCUGAUUUUUAAUGGAAUCUCUUCAUAGGCAUACAGAGACCCUUUAUCACUCCCAUCACUCCUGUGUUCCAAUAGCCCUUUAUCACUCCCAUCACUCCUGUGUUCCAAUGGCCCUUUAUCAUUCCCAUCACUCCUGCGUUCCAAUGGCCCUUUAUCACUCCCAUCACUCCUGUGUUCCAAUGGCCCUUUAUCAUUCCCAUCACUCCUGUGUUCCAAUGGCCCUUUAUCACUCCCAUCACUCCUGUGUUCCAAUGGCCCUUUAUCACUCC